CCUCCCUUCAGGAUGCCAUCCAAAUGCUUGUCCAACCCACCAACAUCAUUAUCUCGCAAGCGCGAUACAUCAAAUCCGUAGCUGACGCUGCAAAUUCCUCUGGUAACCUGCCUAUUACAGAGGUAUGCUCGCUCCUUGAUGGAAUCAAAAAGCUUACAAACAUCACUAUAAAUCUAACAACCACUAUCGAAACGCUUAAUGAAGCGACGGAAAGCUCUGUUGUUAUACAUCUCAAAUCACUCGGAAGCCAGAGAGCAGCUAUCUUAUUCGAGAGGCCGACUCCAAUCCAAGAACUCUUUUCGCAUUUCGACAAAAAGAUUAGGAACAUCAUCCGUGAGGUCCUUAGUAACACCAGCGAUCAGAACAUGUUGUGGAAGGUUGCCGAGGAGUGCUACAGGCAAGCCGCCAGCCCUUCUGGAAUUCUCCACGCCGAUGACUACUUUAUUCCACUUGAAGAAGCUUGUCUGCAAUGGCCGUAUGACCCCGAUUUUGAGAGCGAAGAAUACUAUGAGCAUGAGAACCGCCUCGACGUAGACGAAGAUUACGCCACCAUCUUUCAAGAACGAACGGAGCGCAAAGAUCAAGCCUGUAGGAAGGACAGGCAGAAUUGGAUCGAUUUUUGGAUCAGGGUGUUGAACAAUUCACCUGCCGGGCCAACACUAUUCUAUCCACCGGCAACUUUUCAUACCCAGUCUUUGAAGUUUGAUGAUGUCCCUCAGUACCUGUUUCGGACGUUCGAUGGAAACAGCUCAGGAAAGAAUGACGAGAGCGUAAUAGCUUCUAUAGCGAGCAUUGUUGGACCACAGGCAAGCACCCGAAUAGAUCUUCUAGCACUAGAGAAGCAUAACGCAGCAGAGUUGCUACAUAUGCAUCUGACUAAAGAUUGUUUUAGCGGGGAGGUAUCUGAUAACCUUAUGUCAUGGACAAGCUCCCUACUCUUCGCUAUCCAGUACGCAGUUUGGAGGCUCCGACGCCGUCGGUGCCGUCCGUCUGACAUCAAAAUAUGCGCAGUCGACACCACAAAAUUUCCACAGGGACAAUUUGCGCGAGACACCUGGCUAUUCAAAGCGUGUAAAUCAACUACCAGACAAGAGGAUCCGGCCCAACAAUUUUUCAAGUUCCGCCUCGAGGAUGAAAGGUUUUAUAAUGGCGAGUAUCUUUCCCAAGGAGUAGUAAACCAUACAAAUCGAUCGUGUGUAGUCUCUUUGGAGCACGUCGUAGAGGCUGGACUCUUUCAACUGUAUCCUGAGUUUGACGACGCUAAAGGUAGUGAGAAAUGGGCUUAUCGGGUACUGGAAUUGCGCCAAAACUGGUCAGCGGAGCAAAGAACGACUGACCGGGAGAUUCAGCUUGCGCUCCAAGUGGGGCGCAACUGCUUCAGUCAAUUCCCACCAUUCGAUAUAGCUUCCAUCUUCCUAACCUUCAAAAAUCGCAAACAUUCAAGGCGAAUACCUAUAAAUACCCCUAGUCAUUCCAGCAAACAGCGACCAGAAUGGGCAGACAAGCCAGACGAAGUCCGUCGAUACUGGACUGCUACUGAAGCAGCUAGUUCCUGCAACAAAUUUCCCCACGUACGGAUCAGUCAUUUUCGUCGGCAACCUCAGGACAUGCUACGGGAGGUCUUUGAUUAAAGCUUAAGUCAUUCUGGAGGAACUGGACAUUGCGAGGCAAGCACUCAUUUAGCUGUUCCGUAGUAACUAGAGUGGCUGCU